AUGGCUGGACAGACCCCUAUCCUGGUUGGAGAAGCCAGAUUAGAGUGCAGAAGGACAGUGUGGGGGUGUCAUCUUCCCUUCCUGACAGGCUCAAGUCCUUCCUGUGCCCUAAAUUCUCACUCUGCAUGCUGGGGGUCCAGUGACACUGAUGAGGCCAAAGCAGUCAAAUAUCCCUCAUGUGGACAUCAAGGCUCUGAAGAAACUCAAGAACAAGAAGAUAGUGAAAAAGCUAAGAAGUACAGUGGCUUUCUGGCUUCAGAGUCCCUGAUCAAACAGAUUCCUCUCACCUUGGGUCAGGGUCUGAACAAAGCUGCCAAGUUCCCCUCCCUCUUUGCUCACAAUGAAAACAUGGUGGCCAAGGUCAAUGAAGUCCAGUCUAUCAUCAGAUUUCAAAUGAAAAAGGUGCUUUGUCUGGCAGUGGCUGUUGGCCAUGUAAAAAUGACUAAAGAUGAGCUAGUCUACAACUUUCACCUGGCCAUCGACUUCCUGGUGUUCUUGCUGAAGAACUGUCAGAAUGUGCAUGUUGUACAUCAAGAGCACCAUGGGGAAACCACAGCGCCUCUACUAAACUGGCAUGGCCAGUCUCCUGCACCCUGCUGACUUUCUUCCUCCUCG